AAAAAGGCGGAGACGCCCGUCUUGCUGUUCUGUGGAAGGUCGGUCGUAAACCGGGAAGAAGAAGAAGAGGAGGAGGAGGUGGAGGAAGAGGUGGCGGCCGGCUGAGGCGUACCAUGGCACUCGAGAGCGCCUGCGAGUACGCGGUGGUGAUGUUCAGAUCACUGCUGUCUGUGGGAGCUUCUGUAGGGUCAGUAGCAAGACAGACCUUGUUGGCUCCCUUUCCACCUGCAGCUCGGCCUUUCCGUGUUUGCAACCAUGACAGGAGCAGUCGAAGAGGAGUUGUUGCAAGCAGUCUAGAGGAGCUGAUUAGCAAGACCUUGGAUGCCUUAAUGAUUACUGCUGGAAUGAUAACACUGGUUUUAGAGGAAGAUGGCACAGUGGUGGAUACGGAAGACUUCUUCCAGUCCCUGGCAGACAACACAUACUUCAUGGUGUUAGAAAAGGGACAGAAGUGGAAGCCAGGGCCAAUCUAUAGAGUUACAGCAGUACAGCAACCAAAGAAAAUGGGGGUAGCAAAUAUUACCUUGGACUUGUACAAACUGAAUCCGAAGGACUUCAUUGGAUGUUUAAAUAUCAAAGCUACUUUCUAUGAAAUCUAUUCUGUGUCCUAUGACAUCAAAUGUAUGGGAGCAAAGACAAUACUAAGGAGGAUACUUCGAUUUUUAUCACAUAUUGCACAAGUUACAGGACAACUCCUUCUGUGCACGGGAACAUACGUACUACAGAUAAUGGGUGACUAUGAAGAUGAUCUGCUUACGAAGGCGAAGGACUAAUUAAAAAACAACCUUUUAGUUCUCAGCUAACGCUUGAACAUUUGGGGGAAAAUAUCUAUGGCUCAAUGUGUUAUACUGUAUGCUUCAAUUUUAACACGCCAGUGUCCAAAGUGUAACAACUAGCCUUCCUCUCUGUUGUUCAGGUUUUUAUUUAAGAUAAUGAUGCCAUAGCCAUAAAUAUGAGUGGAAUCUUCUUUUUAAUUUAGUGAAAAGAAUGGUAUUUAAGCAGAGGGAUUUUUGUGCCAUAAUCUUUCAGAGUAAAGUCACAUGUGUUGGGAGCAGGUAUUUCCUGAGGUUUAUCAAUCAAGAAUAUCUUCAUUAACAACUGUACUAACAGCUAUUUAGGAUGUUCUGACUGGAGUUGGUGACUUCUUGUAGGAGCCUAAGAUUAACUUCAGCCUGCCUGUUAAAAUAUCUCACUUUUUCGAGUCUCUAAAUAAAUAGCAGUAUUAACAUUC